ACUUGUUCUGUCCGCUUUCACAUCCCUUCUGUUCUGUAAUUUGAAACUAAGAGCUUUUUCCAAUGCAUACUAUUAUCUCAACUCCAAACUCCCAUCACCCUCAUUGUCUUCUUAAGAAUGUUCUUAUAAUCUUCUUCGCGUUCGAGAUGUGUAGUUGUAGCGUUAGUUCAGCAAAUUCCCAGGAGAGAGAUCAUAGUCGAGCCAUAUUUGUUUUUGGAGAUUCCUUGGUUGAUGUUGGUAACAAUAACUACAUUCCUCUUACAGUUGGGAAAAGUAACUACUUCCCUUAUGGAAUCGAUUUUCCUGGCGUCAUAUCUCCUACCGGACGUUUUACCAAUGGAAGAACAGUUGUUGACAUCAUAGGAGAAGAGUUGGGUCUAAAACAUUACAUUCCUCCAUACUUGGAUCCAACAACAGUUGGGGACGUCGUUCUUCGUGGAGUCAAUUAUGCAUCUGGUGGUGCUGGAAUACUUAACGAUACAGGCGCUUUCUUGGGUGGCCGAAUCAACAUGGAUGCACAGCUUGAUAACUUUGCAAAUACAAGGAACUAUAUAACCUCGAAUGCUAAUCUUGGGGGUUCUAUGACCUCAGCUAAUUCUUCUUCAAAAACACUUUUAGAGAGAGCUCUUUUCGUUGUGGUAAUGGGUUCAAAUGAUUUCAUUGGCAACUAUUUCUCUCCAGUUCCCUUUGUACCUACGCAAAAAUCAAUGCCUCUAGAAAUGUUUGUUGAGUCAUUGAUCUCAAGAUUCAGAUUGCAACUAACAAGAUUGUACAAAAUGGGUGCAAGAAAGAUUGCUGUUGCAAAUGUCGGACCUGUUGGUUGCACCCCAUUAGAAAGAGCUUUGAAUCCAUCAUAUAGGCCGGGUGAUUCUUGCAUCAGUUUCAUUGAUAAUGCAGUGAUUUUAUUUAACAAGAAACUGAAGAGCCUACUCAUGGAUUUGAACUCAAAUCUUGUUGGAUCCAAAUUUUUAUGCGCUGAUGUCUACAGCAUUUUAUCUCAUCUUAUCAGUAACUAUCAAUCUUACGGUUUUGAGAAUUACAGUUCUCCAUGUUGUAAAAUACUUCCAAGAGCUUUGCGAGGUUUGUUACCGUGCAGUCCGACAUCAAUAGUUUGUAGUAACCGGUCCAAGUAUGUAUUUUGGGAUAUGGCUCAUCCAACUGAGGCUACUAAUGUGAUUAUUGCAAAGAGGCUGCUCAAUGGCGAUUCUGAAGCCAUAUAUCCAAUGAAUAUUCGCCAACUCUACUACGCAUGAGAAAUGAGCGGCUGCCUUCGACAUUUCCUGUUGCUGACAGCUCUUAGGCUCAUCUUUCUUUCCACUCCUGCUUCAAAUUUGAAUACUUUAAUGUACAUGUUAUAAUUUUUUUUUUAGGGGUUUGGUUUGUCAUUAUUCGUAAGAGUAAUUACAUUAAACGCAAACCUUUAAUGGUUGCCAUUUUGGACUCCUGCAGGGCCAUAACUCUGUCCUGUCAAGACUAGACUAAAGUGUGAUUACAGAUUUGAAAUUUGAAAUUGAAUUGAACUGAAUACACUGCAUUACCAAAA